ACCCAAAGCAUUAGGGGUGACAUGGUUUACUUUAUACGCGCCUGCGAUGCGCGUAAAUGUGUAAGAGAUUCCUUGAGCGAGAAGAGAUAGUGUACUCUCUCUCAGUCUCUCUCUCUCUCUGCAACUACUCAUCGAUAUGGCGUCGAGCAGCCGAGCAGGCAGAAUCCGCACGCUCUCCGAUCUGAAUCGUCCAUCCGCCGAUUCCGACAGCGACUCCGAUGGUCCUCAGGAAUAUUACACCGGCGGUGAGAAGAGUGGAAUGCUUGUCCAGGAUCCUUCAAAAGGAAAUGAUGUGGAUGCAAUUUUCAAUCAAGCUAGGCAACUUGGAGCUGUUGAAAGGCCUCUUGAUCAACUUCAGGAACCUCCAAGGUCAACUAGCUUUACUGGAACUGGUAGGUUACUUUCUGGGGAAACUGUACAAUCUACUUCUCAGCAACCUGAAGCUGUUGUUCACAACAUUGUUUUCUGGAGCAAUGGUUUCACUGUAAAUGAUGGACCUUUGAGGAGAUUGGACGAUCCUGAAAAUGCCUCAUUUUUAGAGAGCAUAAAAAAAUCCGAGUGUCCCAAGGAGCUUGAACCUGCAGAUAGGAGGUCAUCUGUUAAUGUUAACCUCAUAAGGAGGAAUGAGAAUUAUCCUGAACCCGAAAAGCAGCAUGUUCCAUUUCAGGGAGUGGGAAGAACCCUUGGAAGCAGCUCUACUUCAAUGGCACCUGACCUAACUGCUGCCGCGACACCUCCCAACACAGCUCCAGCUCCUUCUACUGGCCUGGUAGUUGAGCAGUCAUUGCCAUCAACCUCAAUACAACUCAGGUUAGCUGAUGGAACACGCUUGAUAUCACAUUUUAAUUAUCACCACACCAUUAGCGACAUCCGUGCCUUCAUUGAUGCAUCUAGACCUGGGGGUCGGCAGAAUUAUCAACUUCAGAUUAUGGGUUUCCCCCCAAAGGUUCUAGCUGAUGAAACUCAAACUAUAGAGCAAGCAGGAUUGGCAAAUUCAGUUGUCAUACAGAAAUUCUAGUAAACUACUACUUCAUGUCUAAAUACUGCAUUGAAGGAUCCUGUUUCAUUUGAGGUUUCUAGACUUGAGGUACUGUCAUAAACAAAAACAGAUAGGCACUCGCCAAUGUUUGGGGGUUACAUCUUUUUGUCGCUCAAACUUUACCAGUAAUUUAUUUGGUUUAGGAUCAGUUAGAUGGCUUGGCUUUGGACCUAAUUCUUUGUUUUAUGUUGAUUGUGUUGUGUCUUCUUUCUAGCCGGGCCUGACGACUGAAUUUGAUAUUAUGUUGAAGGCUUCAUUGAAAUGUAGGAUAAUCCUCAGAUACACGUCAGUUUUUGAAUAUGUGCUACCAAGUGUGGUUAUAUAU